AUGCAACAAAUAGCUGAUUCUCAUGGGAGAAUCACAACAGUUUUUGGUUCUUCACCUGGUUCACAUGUAACAACAACAUCAAAAGUUGUCAUUAGAAAAACAAUGUUAUCUUUAAAUUCCCAAGAGACAAUUUCCCCUCAAAAUGUGUUGAGCCAAAUUCCUAAGGUGACUACAUUUCCAUCUGAUGAUGAAAUAGCAAUAAAAGAUAGUUUAGAAAAUAAGACAACAUUUAGAUCUACAGAAAUAUCAAAUAAUUUUAAUGAUAUCAAUUUGGAGGGCAGUAAAAAUAUCAUGGAGCCAAAAAAUCAGAUGUCCUCACAUCUACAUAUGCAUUCAGCAUCUACAAGUACAUUGCCAAUAAGGAUGGCACAGCCACCAACUUUAUAUCCUUCAUCAUAUUCAACAACAAUGUUGCCUAAUAAUUCCAAUUCAAAUUCUCAAUAUAGUAUAAGAAAUAAUACAAAUCAAAGUAUACGAAAUACUUCAGUUUUAAGAACCACUCCAAUUUUGCAAAAUAAAGUGGAGAAAAAUUUUAGUACUGAAUUAAAGCAACAAGAUUUAUUAAAUAAUUUAGAAACACAGAGGCAAAAAAUUAUUACUAAUGAGACAGAAAUUGAACAAAGGAGGGCUCUCCUUAAUGCAUACAAUAAGACAGUAGUUUCUUCCAAACAAAUUACACCAUCAGAGAAAGCUCGAUAUAUUUUGUCUCAACGAACAAAAUUACAAUCAGAUAUAAUGGAAGGUGAACAUGAUUUACAUCGUAUGAUAUCAGCUCAUAAGAAUUUAAUUGCUACAGAAGAAGCUAAUAAUGCUCAGAGGCAAAAGCUUUCAGAAUUGAAGGAAGAAGCAGAAAUGUGUGGACAAAAUUUACGAGAAGCUGUUGGAAAGGCUGAUUAUCUUAAACAAAGGUUAGAACAACUUCUUCAAAAAAGAGCAUCUGCCGCUUCUGCUGCUAUAGCUCAGCAAAGAAAAAUAAAUGGUGUUAGUGAUGUUACAAAUUCUAUUCUUCACCCAACACCAACAGUAAAAUCUCUUACAUUUAAAAAUAGUGGUAUUUUUCCAAAUAAACCUUUAUUUAAUUCUAAUUGUAUACAACGUCCCCAAGCUUCAGUAGAACCUUUUAGUGUGAAAAAUAAAGCUGGAAUUAAUUCAAUAUAUUUAUCUCCUUCUCAAGAAACUAAAAAAAAUUUAAACAAUAAAGAUUUUUCUGAUAAUUCUCCUAAGUUAAAAGAUGUUCAAAGAAGUAAUGGUAAGUGUUCUGGUUACGAAUCAAUUGCAUCAGAUACAUCUUCAUUGUCUGGUAUUGAAGAACAAAAUAAGCUAGCUGCUACCUAUAAAACUGAUCAAUUGGUAGUAAGGAGUGAUACUUUAAAAGCAGCUAAGCGUAGAAGUUUAGUUCAAUCAGAAACUAAUGGUGAGUCAGAAACUGAAAAUAUUUGGAGAUUACUUGUUGAAGAACAAAAAAAAGGAAAAGGCAAAACACAUAUAACUUUUUCUGACUUGUUUUCUAAUAGAGAUAAAAAUAAAACAACACAAAAUAAUUCUAGGUCGCCGAGUGAAGAAAGUAACAUAAGCAAUAAAAAUGUUCCAAUGACAGAAGAUCAAAUUUUAAAAGCAGAAAGUUCUGAUGAAGCAUUUGUUGAAGAAUUUAAUUCUAUUGAUAAAGAUAUAAGUGAUGAUGAAAGUAAUCAGGCAAAAAAAUUACAUAUUCAUGGAAUAACCAUAGCACCAUCUGAAAGUUCAUCUUGUGCAUCUGAUGACUCUUUAGCACACAUAAAGAGUGUUGAUAUAUAUGAUUCAACUUCAGAACAAUCGAUCUCUCCACCUAUUCAGGAAGUCGAGGAAGAUUUAGAGGAGAUUACCAUUGUAAAACCAACUAAAAGUAUUUUAAAAACAACAUCUUCAAGUACCAAAGGUCAUAUACAUUUUGAUCCUUUGGUACUAUUUUUAGAUGGAGCACUUGAAGGACAGCUGGAUACUGUUAUGGAGAAUGCCGAAAAAGUAGCUGAUGUUUCACAACCAAACGAGGAAGGAAUAACUGCAUUACAUAAUGCUAUUUGUGCUGGAUAUAUUGAAGUGGUUGAAUAUUUGAUUUCAAAAAAAGCUGAUGUUAAUGCUCAGGAUUCAGAUGGAUGGACACCAUUACAUUGUGCUGCAUCAUGUAAUUCACUUCUAAUUUCAAGGAUUCUAAUUGAAAGUGGUGCUUGUUUAUACUCUCACACAUUGUCAGAUCUCGAAAUUCCAGAACACAAAUUAGAAACUGAAGAAGAUUUUUAUAAUGAAUGUCUUCUUUUUUUUACGAUUGUUGGAAAAUGCAUGGGAUUGUUAAAUGAUUGUAAUGUAUAUGCUUGUUAUGAUUAUGAUGCAAAUUGCGAUGAUGAACUUUCAUUUAAGAAGAAUGAUAUUCUAAAAGUUUUGUCAAAACCUGAAGAUGAAAAAUUUUACUGGUUAUGUGAAAGUAGGAAAAGUGGAGAAAAAGGUUUAAUUCCAAGAAAUUUUGUUAGUCUAUAUCCAUCUAUUUCACUUAGGGAAGAAAUUGAUUUUAAACCAUUUAAUUUACCAACAUCUUUAGAAAUGUGUGAUAAACUUCAGGAUAAAUUUAAUACAGCAAUUCAGAGGCCAAAAAUAUCUCCACCACUACCGCCAAAAUUGUAA